AUGAGAGGAGGUAUAUGUAGCAUACAGCUUCAGGCUCUUACACCUGAGGCUGCAACGGUUGUUAAACAAGCUGUUAAUCUUGCAACAAGAAGAGGUCAUGCACAAGUGACUCCUCUUCAUGUUGCUAGUGCCAUGCUUGCAACUUCCACGGGUCUUCUUCGCAAGGCUUGUCUUCAGUGCCACUCUCACCCUCUUCAAUGCAAGGCCCUUGAGCUUUGCUUCAAUGUUGCACUCAACCGUUUACCAGCUUCCACUUCAAGCCCUCUUUUGGGUCCACAAUAUUGCACUCCUUCACUUUCCAAUGCCUUGGUUGCAGCCUUCAAACGUGCCCAGGCUCACCAGCGCCGUGGAUCUAUUGAGAACCAGCAGCAGCACAUUUUGGCUUUGAAGAUUGAGGUGGAACAGCUCAUAAUUUCCAUUCUCGAUGACCCAAGUGUUAGCAGGGUCAUGAGAGAAGCUGGUUUCUCUAGCACCCUUGUUAAAAGUAGGGUUGAACAAGCUGUUUCAAUGGAAGUUUGUUCACAAAAGGCUCCUGAUAGGAGCCAGUCCAAAGAAAGCACUAAACCUCAAGUUCUUGGUGGGGGUAAUGUGUCUCCAUCUAGACCCUUUGGUCAAGUUGGUGGCUCAUUCAUCAAGCCGUUAGACCAUGUUAACAAUGAAGAUGUAACUAGUGUGUUGAGUGAGUUGGUGAAGAGGAGAAGAAACACAGUUAUAGUGGGGGAGAGUGUGGCUAAUGCUGAGGGAGUAGCUAGGGGAGUGAUGGAGAGGUUUGAGGUAGGGAAUGUUCCUGGAGACUUGAGGUAUGUGCAAUUUGUGAGCCUUCCUCUUAUCUACUUUAGAAACAUUAGCAAGGAGGAAGUUGAACAGAAACUAGUGGAGGUUAGAAGCCUUGUGAAAAGCUAUGUGGGAAGAGGGGUUAUUCUUUAUUUGGGUGAUCUAAAGUGGUUAUUUGAGUUUUGGUCAAAUUAUUGUGAACAAAAAACAAAUUACUACUGUUCUGUCGAGCACAUGGUCAUGGAACUUAAAAAAUUGGUUAGUGGAAGUGGGGAGAGUAGUAGACUGUGGCUUAUGGGGAUUGCAACUUUUAAAACAUAUAUGAAGUGUAAACUAUGUCAUCCAUCCCUAGAAACUAUUUGGGACCUUCAUCCCUUCACAAUUCCAGUUGGUAGCCUGAACCUAAGUUUAAAUUUUGACAGUGAUUUUCAAGCUCAUCAAAGAAGCAAGGUAUUUUUCAAGGACAUGACAUUUGAAGAUAGAGCAGGAGUUAGAAAUCAUCUAACUUGCUGCAGGGAUUGCUCAAUAAAUUUUGAAAAAGAAGCUGAGAGCAUAACUAACAGUAUAAGCAAGAAAGUUUGCACUGCUAGUAGCUUGCCAACAUGGCUUCAAAAUUGUAAGGAAGAGAGAAGUGACAUAAUGGAAGAUCAGGAAAAUGGAAGGCUUAAGGAUCUGUGCAAGAAAUGGAACUCAUUAUGCAAUUCACUACACAGACACCCUUCCAUUAUUGAGAAACCAGUUUUCUUUGUUUCUUCCACUCCUUCAUCUCCCACUUCUGUUUCCUCACGUGAAAGAAAGUCUAACUUGCAUCAGAGCCAUCUUAAUUGGCCAAUCAUUUCUGAACCAGAAAAAGCACCAAAAGAAUGUGAAUUAUACACUGAAACUGGCGAUGAUGGCUAUGAUGGCAACUUCAUAAUGUUCAUGCCAGAUAGCAGUGUCCCUAAACCAGAUCUUCUGUCAAAUCCCAACUCUAGUCCCAACUCAGCUUCUUCAAGUGAAGCAGUGGAUGGUUUAGAAAGCACUCAAAUGUUCAAGGAACAUACUUCUGAGAAUCAUAAGAUUCUGUGUGAUGCCUUGGAGAAGAAGGUUCCACAACAUAAAGAAAUUAUUCCAGAGAUUGCAAGCACUCUCCUUCAUUGUAGAUCAGGAAUGAGAAAAAGAGAGAACCACUUGAUGAAGAGAGAGGACAAUCAAGAAACUUGGAUGUUCUUUCUUGGGGUGAAUUUUCAAGCCAAAGAGAGUAUCUCUAGGGAGCUAGCUAAAGUUGUUUUUGGCUCUUAUAGUAACAUUGUCACAAUUGGUAUGAGCAAUUUCUCUUCCCUAGGAUAUGAUUCCACUGAUGAGAAAUCCAAAAGGAAGAGACCAAGAGAUGAGUUGAAAAGCACUUAUCUACAAAGAUUUGGGGAAGCAGUGAAUGAGAACCCUCAUAGGUUGUUCUUCAUGGAAGACUUGGAUCAAGUUGAUUACUUUUCUCAAAAGGGUAUAAAGCAAGCGAUUCAAAGUGGAAGCAUAACACUUCCUGGUGGUGAAUCUGUUCCUCUCAAGGAUGCCAUUGUCAUUUUCAGUUGUGAAAGUUCCAGUUCAUUAGUUUCAAGAUCACCAGUCAGAAAAUCACCAUCUGCUGAAAACAAAGGGAAAGAGACAUUGGAUGAAGAAAGUUCGAGCCUUUCUUUGGAUCUGAACAUAGCCAUUGAAGAUGAUAGAGGAGACACUGGUAUCCUAGACUUAGUUGAUAAACAAAUUAAUUUCAGCAUACAAGAAUUGUGA